AUGAAUGCUCAUAAUAAUGCAGUUGACGAUGGAGCUCAACGUGUUUGGCGAACUAAUGCUGGGAAUUACUAUCAUGUAUUGGAUUUAGUUAUCACUGAUCCGGAGGUCACACUGAGAGCUCGGAAGGUCAUUCGCGCGACAUUUCUCAUCUUCGUCACUUUGUGCGCUCGGACGGCUCUGCUUAUUGCUGAUGGUAAGACAUGUCAGCCAUUAAUGCAAACCCUUGUUGGUAUAGCGUUUGUAGCGGUCUCCAACGCUGAUGAGUUUGUUCUGUCUGCUCAUGCUGAUUCAUGCAUCGCAUGCAACGGCAAUAUUGAUAUAUGUGUUGGUGGCUACAUUCACGGAUGGAUGCAUAGAACAGGAAGACCCAAAUCGUCGCAAGUUCUCGAGAGGCAACAGCAUCGCCCUGCGAAAUGGAACCGGAAAAUGAAUCCGUCACAUACGGGAAAUCUCAAACCUUGCACCGGCUAUAAAUCAGCACUUCAAAUAUCCUAG